AUGGUCGGCAUUCUUGUUCAAGAGCCAGUCACUGACUUCCCCGAGAAGCGCGACGGCUUGGCUCUAGAGGCUAUGGUCGACGAGAUCGAGGAGAUCAACAUCAAGAAGGAUCAAGCCCUCAAGCAGCAGAAGGCUGCCGCUCAAGCGCAAUUCGAAGCCGACAUGAACGCCGCCUCCGAGUUCGAUGCCACCAAGGACAAGACUCAGUUCCGUCAGUACGAAGAUGCUUCUGACACUGUCAAGAACUUCUAUCUCGAACAGCACACCAAGCAGACUGUGGCCUACAACCUCAAGGCUCGCAAUGACUUCCAUGCCAAGACUCGUGCCGAGAUGACCAUCUGGGAAGCCAUGGAGCGUCUCAACACUCUCAUCGAUGAGUCCGAUCCGGAUACCUCGCUCUCUCAGAUUGAACACCUCUUGCAGUCCGCCGAGGCUAUUCGACGUGACAACAAGCCCCGCUGGAUGCAACUCACCGGCUUGAUCCACGACCUUGGCAAGCUCCUGUUCUUCUUCGGUGCCGAGGGUCAGUGGGACGUUGUCGGCGACACCUUCCCUGUCGGCUGCGCCUUUGACGACAAGAUCAUCUACGGCCAGAAGAGCUUCGCCGCCAACCCCGAUUCGACCAACGAGAUCUACUCCACCAAGCACGGCAUCUACACUCCUGGCUGCGGUCUUGACAACGUCAUGCUCAGCUGGGGUCACGAUGAGUACCUUUAUCAUGUGGUCAAGGACCAGAGCACCUUGCCAGACGAGGCCCUUGCCAUGAUCCGCUAUCACUCCUUCUACCCCUGGCACCAGAUGGGUGCGUACGAUUGGAUGAUGGAUGACAAGGACCGCGAGAUGUUCAAGGCUGUCAAGGCUUUCAACCCCUACGACCUCUACAGCAAGAACGAUGAGAAACCCAAGCUGGAGGAUCUGAAGGAGUACUACCUCGAGCUCAUUGAUGAGUACUUUCCCAACAAGGUCAUCAAGUGGUAG